AUGGAUGCUCAACAGUUUUUCAUUGUAUCGACUGCUUGCAUCUGGCAUUUCUUGGAAAACUUCCAUGAGAUUCACGAUUGGGUUAUGCCGCGUUACGAAAAGAAAGUUCUCGUUGUCGUUGAUAAAGGAAACAUUUUUUCGUACGAUGACAUCUUGAACGUUUUACAGCAUCGAAUUGUUAUUAAUGAUUUGCCGCUAACAUUGCUAUUAAAACCGAAUUUCGUUGACGAUAUCGAUACUGAUACUGAUGAUGAUGAUGGAAGAGAAACGAUUGACAUUUGGUCCGCAUUUCCAUAUUCAGCGUAUCGGGAUUUGCGAAAUCGAUUUUUUGUGGAGAAUUCGAGUUUUUUGCAUGAAAAUGAUACAUUAAUACCGAAAAUGACGAAUUUGGACGGGAUACAAGUAACGGGAGCGUUUAUACAUUAUCCUCCUUAUUCGGCCUGGUAUCGCGUGCCUCCUGGCACCGGAAAUGCCCACGUUUUUGGCUCUAAUGAAAGUUAUUCGGUCAAACUUGGUGGUCAAGAGCACAUUAUCUUGGUGGAAUUUUGUCUCAAGUACAAUUGCACCCUCGUUGCUCGUCUGGAGUACGAUGAAGAGUUGUGGGGUGAAAGUUUUCACAAUCAUACCGGUUUCGGACUCAUUGGAGCUCUCACCAUGCGAGAUGCAAAUGUCUCCUGUGCUGCUCUUUACUUGUGGGACAAUACCUACGAGUUCACCCAAUACACGGCCAUCAUUCAACGAGCGACAAUUGAUCUAGUGUUACCGAAACCGAAGCCUUUGCCCUACUGGCAAACCCCAAUUUUACCAUUUCCUGCGUAUAUUUGGGGUUAUGUCAUCGGGGCAUUUUUCAUCGGAGCUGUUACGUUAUUUAUUGUCAAUUUGGCCCAACUGCGGAUGAAAGACGACAAAGUUUUGGACUACGGACUUUUUGAAUCGAUUUACGCGGUUUUUAUGAUGAGCAUUUUUCAAGGUGUUAACAUCAACAUUAAAUUUCUGUCGAAUAUUGUCUUGUUCACGAUUUUACUAAUGUUUGCCUUGAUCAUCGGCAAUUUAUAUGCAGGUGGUUUGGCUUCCGUAAUGACAGUCACGCGUUACGAAGAACCACUUGACUCGCUCGAGAAAGUCGUCGAAAGUAAUUUACAGUGGGGAGCUCCAGCAUGGGACUGGAUUUUCACAAUUAAACAAUCCGAUUAUCCUCCGUUCAAGAAAUUUGUGCAAAAAUUUGUUGUAAAGCCAAUUCCUGAGAUGCAUAAGUUGGUGAAGGCGGAAAAAUUUGCAGUCACGUUGGAAACUAUGCAGCAUGGAACAUUGAGCUAUCAACCGUACUUCGAUGUGGAGGACUCGAAAUUUCUCAUGAUGACAAAACAUGCUAUUUAUUGGCAAGAUACGGUGAUUAUGACGAGUAAAACGUGGCCUUUUAUGGAACAGCUGAACCGAAUCGUGCUCAUGCAACAAGAAAGUGGCAUUCAAUAUUACUGGGAGAUGCAGUCAGCAAAGGAAACGAUGAACUACGACAUCCAACGAAACAUCGAGGAGAAUGCGAAACCCCCAGAAGGCGGUGAACCAGUGCGACUUUCGGUCCAACACAUCCUUGGCGCGCUGUUUCUUCUGCUGUUUGGAAGUAUUGCUGCUACAAUUUCAUUCUUUUUUGAGCUUUUCUGGUUUCAUAAAGUCGAAAAAUCGACAUUGAUGCGAAAAGCUGUCUCUCAAUGGAAAAAUUACAAACAAGCUUAA